UUUACAUUGAUGGCGUUAAGACGACGCCGGCUUUAGUUCUUGUUUCCCUCCUCCACCACCACAUCCUCCAGCAUCGUUAUUUUUUCUUGACGUCUGUUGCCAUCGCCCGGGAAACAAGAUGACAUUCCCCGCUGUGAAUUUCCACUUUUGACGCUCUCGGAAGAGCAUCGUGAUCACGGGACUGAUGGUGGGGCUCCCAGGCCCAGCUCACUGAUCACUGAGGCACCCACUCGGGGAAGACAAGGUCACGACUGCAGCUUGAAAAUAUGAAGAUUUGGAGUACUGAGCAUGCGUUCAGUUACCCAUGGGAGACGGUGAUCAAGGCCGCCAUGAGGAAGUAUCCCAACCCCAUGAAUCCACAUGUGGUGGGCGUGGACGUGCUGGACCGCCGCAUGGACACCGAAGGACGCCUGCACAGCCACCGACUCCUCAGCACCGAGUGGGGCCUGCCGGCGAUCGUACGAGCGGUCAGUUGGUCACACCGUCAGCGUUCUGCAGGAUCCUGGGAACCGCCCACACGCAGACGUACGUGAAGGAAUACUCCAUGGUGGACCCUGAGGAGAAAAAGAUGGAGUUGUGCUCAACAAAUAUUACGCUCACCAACCUGAUAUCGGUGGAUGAGAGGCUCCUCUACCGGCCACACCCUGACAACCCUGAAGUCACCAUCCUGACUCAGGAGGCCAUCAUUACAGUGAAGGGGGUCAGCUUGAGCAGCUACUUGGAGGGGAUGAUGGCGAGGAGAAUGUCCGCUAACGCCAGAAAGGGUUGGGAUGCUAUUGAGUGGAUUAUUGAGAACUCUGAAAGGGAAAACAUGCCUCUCUGACAUUUAUUAACAUCGGGCUGAGAGUCCUAACGUGAGCAAAACCUCAGUCGGAUACCUGUGGAAGUCGCAGUGGGCUUUCACCCCACACUGGCUCCUCUUUAGCCGUGGAGCACAUCACGGAGACGAGAUGGAGAGCAACUCGAUGCUCAACUACUUCAACGAUAAAAGGAUUAUGCGGAGAAUAAAGUCAAAGAUGAGGCUGUUCUUUGAAUGGACUUGACAGGUUUGAUGUUAUCUAUUUAUACCUCCAGCUGAGAAAUAUACUUGAUGGGGAUGGCAAACACAGUGUGACAUCGUUGGUGCUGUUCUGGUAUCAAAUACAUUUCUACUUAUUUAGCAUGGUAACAGUAAGAAGAAAUAGCGUAGGUAGCAUGGUAGCUAGCUAGGGUUUAUACGGUUCUCUGAAUGGGAGCAACAAUACACCAGCUCGUUGUGGACGUAUCAUGUCAGACGAUCAUACCUCAAACCUCGUGCUUUGCGAUGGAGUUCACGAGGAACUGUGUUGUCAUCACUGCAGCCUUUAGACAUGCUUCCAAGUGUAGACUUAAACCCCAAACUAAAGAAUUGGGGGGCACCAUGUUGAAUAAACAAUGAGACAAUAUCAGCAGUGGACUAUUUUCUGCUGAGUAGUAUUUGUUUUGUGCCUCUGCAACAAAUAAAUACAUUAUG